AUGCAGUCUAAAUGCACUACCAUACAAACCGCCGCAUAUGUCUUACAAUCUACAGCUUCACGGAUCACUCUAUUUAAUACCCCGAUUCCUGAACAAAGAAUAAAUGUUAUCGAGUCCCGACCGACCGGGUCCCGCGGAUCUAUCGAUGGCAUAUGGCACCAUCUUGUCUUGGUUAUGACGGGUGCAUUAUUUAUGAAGAAUCCUAGGAAAAAACUAAAACUACCCCUCAUCCUCCCGUAUCCUCGAUCUUGUGUGCAUGGUCAAGGUCAUAUCGUUUGGAAAACUACGUGGGCUCUGGACCAGGUCUGGCCUCAUAGGUCUUUUAGUUGCUUUCGGGUUCCAGUUCACUAUCCGACCGUCCAUACACACGUCAUGUAG